CAAUUCCGUCGCCUACAGGGUCACGCUUGGUUUUUCGUGUUCCUGGCGACCUUCCCGCACAGGAGCUCUCCUCUUCCAUGCAUAAAUACCCCCCAUUGGCGUCCAUUCUCUCCUCGCUGCAUGCUCUCUCGCCUUCAAUAAGUUUGAGCUCUCUCUCUCUCUCUCUCUCCCUCUCUCCCACACACACACACCAAACGGAGAGUUAGUAGAUAGAAGGAAGAUGGCUGACCUGACCCAAGGUGCUGUGGAGUCGCUGCUGAGCGUCCUGGGGAAGGCGAUCGAGAGCGAGACGAGGCUGCAGAAAGGCGUCAAGGGCAACAUCCAGUUCAUCAAGGACGAGAUGGACAGCAUGAACGGCUUCCUCCUCCACCUCAACAAGUCGGGCAACGAGCACGACGACCAGCAGCGCGCGUGGAUGAAGCAGGUCCGGGAGAUCGCCUACGUCGCCCAGGACUGCAUCGAGCUCUACAACAUGUACUGCACCACCCCGCCCCGCGACGGCUUCUGGGCCCUCGCCAACUUCGCCCGCAACUACGUCCACGCCUACCUGCAGCGCCGCCGCUUCUCCACCAAGAUCCAGGAGCUCCGGGACCGGGUCAAGGACGUCGGCGAGCGCCGGGAGCGCUACGGCGUCACCGUGCCGGCAGCGGGCGCCGACGGCAAGGGCCGGCGCGGCGGCGGCGGCGACGACGGCGAGAGAGAAAAGUUCCUCGCCGCGUUGCUCGCCGCCGGCCCCUCUUCCUCCUCUUUGCCUCUCGUCUCCACUCUACGGAGAUGGGUGUCUCCUCCUGACGCGCCAUUCGACAAGGCCAUCAGCUUGCUCCCGAUUGCCCUCGCGGCCGACGCUCGCAGGAUACGCAGAGGCCUCCUCAAGCACAAGGCGGCGGCCGCGGCCGGUGCUGACGACACCGCCGACGUCUGCAUGGGGAUGGUCCUCCGUGCUCUCUACGCUUUCCGGCAAGGCCCCGCCGGGGACACGCGGGAGCUGCGGAAGCUCACGGCGGCCGCGGACGCCGCCGACGCGGACCUCCCCAAGCGAGCGCUGACCUUCUGCUACAGCGAGCUGUCCACGGAGGAGAAGGGCUGCCUGCAGUACCUGGCCGCCUUCAACCGCGAGAAGAGCAUCAGCAGGACGAGCUUGGUCCGGCGGUGCGCCGCCGAGCGCCUCGUGAGCGACGACAAGGAGAAGGAACAGACCGUGGAGCAGCGCGCCGAGCGCUGCUUCGAGGAGCUCCUCUUCCGGGGCUUCGUCUCCUCCGGCGCCGCCGUCGGCGCCGCCGGCAAGGUGAAGAGCUGCUGCAUCAGCAACGGACUGGUCAAGGAGUUCAUCGAGGACAUGUGCAAGCAGGAGAACUUCCAGGGGCACGGCUUGCCGACGCACCUUCAGAUCCAGAUCAAAAUCCGCGACGCCGCGCUGCCGGCCCACUGUGGUGCUGACGAUUAUUAUCGUCAGCCUCAGGCCCCAUCAUCCAUCAUGCCGGCAGCACUGGCAGUGGCAGCAGGCAGACACAGAGAUGAUGCCAUCGACAAGAUGCUGCGAGAGCUGAGGCAGCUCCCGAAUACCUACCGGCUCAACGUGAUAGAUCUCGGAGGCUGCGUGGGGAUACUGAACCGGAGCCACCUGAGGAGGAUCUGCAAGCAGGCACCGACGAUCAAGUACCUGAGCCUCCGGAACACGGAUGUUGAUCACCUGCCCCAUCAACUCCAGGGGCUCCGGCUGCUGGAGACGCUGGACAUCCGGCAAACCAACAUCCAUGGCUCCCACACCAGGAACGUCUUUCCGAGCAGCCUCAAGCAUCUUCUUGCCGGUAACAUCGACUCCGAUGUCACCGUGAUGAUGCCUGCCAAUGCCAGGGAAAUGGCCAAUCUGGAGAUACUGUCCCAAGUCCGAGUUUGUUGGCGCAGAGAGCUGAGGAAAAUCGAGUACCUCCCAAAGCUACGGAAGCUUGGCGUUGUGCUGGUCCCAGGGGACGAGCCCGCCGUCAAGGAUUUGCUCCGGGUGAUCUGCAGGCUGAGCGGAAGCCUGCACUCUCUGUCAGUGAGGGUGUCAACUCCACCCAUCAAUGGCAGACCGACCCUGGAGGCCCCGGACAGCACCUUGUACCCGCUCCCCUCGAACCUGGUGAGCCUGAGGAUCGACGGCAUGAGGAGCUCCGGGAUGCCCAGCUGGGUGGAGCGGCUCAAGAAGCUGAGCAAGAUCACGCUGUGCAACACCCUGCUGACGGACGAGAAGCUGGACGCCCUCGCCGGCCUCCCGGCCCUGGUCUGCCUCCGGCUCCGCCACAGGGCGUACAGCGGCGGCGAGCUCGCCUUCAGGAAGCGGCCAGGCGGGUUCCCGUCCCUCAGGUUCCUCCGGAUCGAGGGCGUCACCGUCAUCACCGAGCUCAGCUUCGAGGAGAACUCCGCGCCGGCGCUCGAGACGAUCGCCUGGUCCUCGGCGGACCCCGCCAGUACCUACGACGCCGUCGUCGCCGUCCCGGUUACCCUGACCGGGGUUGAAAACCUUCCCAAGUUGAAGGUGGUGGAGCUCACAGGCCUGCGCGAGCAGCAUCCUUCGGCCUUGAAGCAGGCCAUGGAUAAACAUCCAAACCACCCACAUCUCCAUCAUCCCCGCUACGCUAGCUAACUCAUCGUGGCUACCUGUAUAUCAAAAGCCUUGAAGCUGUUCGGCUGCACUGGUGAGCUACAAAGCAGCUGGAAAACAACCCAGCCGGCUGCUUUCUAGCCCAGCCCAGUGUGUGUGUCCUCUCAAAAAAAAAAGUGCUUGUGUGUGUGUGUGGAACUACGGCAAAUAAAAUCGGUGUGCUGCUGUGUAUGUAAACUAGUAAGGUGGUUCGUGCUAAUUGCGCGGCCAGAUUUACUGUGCUGUAAACUCUCAGUUGUAAAUACCAUUUAAGAUGAUAAUAAGUUGUGAAAUUUGAUCA